UGUCGGGCGGCGCCAUCUUGAAUCCUCCAGGGCUGCUGCUGGGGAGGCGGCGGGCCGUUUGGUAUUCGGAAUGUUUCUCACUGUGGCGCUGCUUCGAAACAGAAUUCCUGGGAGACAAUGGAUUGGCAAACACAGACGGCCAAGGUUUGUUUCUUUGGGAAUGAAGCUCAGGAUGAUUAAAAGGUUGGAAAUUGAAGCUGAAAAUGAAUAUUGGCUGAGCCGGCCAUACAUGACUCGAGAGCAGGAGUAUCGCCAUAAUGAAGAGCGUUGGCAGGAAAUCCGAGAAGCAAGGAGAGCGGCAUUAACAUCUAAUUUCCCUGAGCAUAAGUAUGCCACAGAACACCUCAACCAUCUUAAUGUGACCAAGAAAUGGGAAAGCUCUUAAAUACCCGUUUAUUGAACUCUGUUCUCUGAUCAGUUGGACUGUUUAUAUCCAUGUCCAGCAACAGUAAUCAGUUACAGUAAAGCUUGUUAACAAAUAAUUUGUUCUUUAAUUAUGAGUCUCUUAUUUAAUCAACACUGUGAAGAAUUGUUGUCGUUGUUCAGUUGCACAGUCGAGUCUGACUCUUCACGACCCCAUGGACCACAUCACG